AUGACUGAACACACAGUCACCAUCACCAUCACCACCACCACCACCGUGACCAAGAGUAUGGUGACGACCACGACCGACGCCUGCAAGCCCACAGACCUAGUCAAACUCAUUGGAAUUCAGAUGUUUGGGCAAGCCCGAGACAUAGUGUCCGUCCUGAUACCUACUCUUUCACUAAUGUUCGCUCUUUGCGUGGGGCUCUGGCUCGCGCACAGGCAUAUCGUCGUCCGACCGCGACAAGAGCACGAGUAUGCCAUGGCGUUGCUCGAAACGCAGCGAGCCAGCGUGACCGCACCCCCGCCUGGAACAAGCAUUCAUGUCCCGAGAAUUCCUUAUGAGCGGUGGCGACCGAACCGGCCAAAUCUUUGGAAGAGGUUCUGUGGUCUCUUCAUGGGUCACAGAAACAUUACAUUGUCUUACCAACCCACCAACUUGUUCAGCACCCGGCUCUCUGAACCGCCAGCCGGAAACAAUCCCCCCAAUCCCCCCAAUCCCGUCCAUUUCAAUUUGGAAUUGCCUAUCCUGGCCAGCAAUGGCACGGGCAGGCCACAAGUGCGAGGGGAGGGAGAUGGACUUGAAAAUUUGGUUGAGGGAGAUUAA